UUUUUACUUCUAUGUUUUGGAGAAGAAGAAGAAAAUAUCUCCCACUAUCCAGCUAGUCGGAGUGGUCUAUCGCUUGCUUUGACCGCUGAUUUGUUACUUAUAAUCAUCCCAAACAACUCCUUCCUUUUAUAUUAGAAGAAAUAGCUAUAUGAAGAGUCUCCGGUGUAAAGGGGAAACGGCUCCAACUCACGAUGGAAGACUGCUUGCACACUUCUUCAGAGAACCUGUCUAAGCUGGUCCGCUGGGCCCACAGUCACGGCACCAUCUGUGCUCUCAUCCCGAACCUCAAACACCUGCUUACCGAGGGUUCCCAUGGGAACCUAACCGCCAUGUGGGGGUGCAGCGCGGGCCACGCCUACCACUGGCCCCUCCCCGCCACCUGUAAAACCGGCCAGAAGGAGCGGGGGGGCUGCUUCCAGGACAGCCGAAGCAUCAACUCAGACAGCCUCAGUGUCCAGGGAGGGGCCUCAGCCCGUCAAAGCAGCCCAGGAGGUGAGAGGUUUCUGGGCCACUCCACCAAGGCCAAGGGAGGUGACAGCAGCCAGACACGGGAGUCCUGCGACUUCUCCAACUGCAGCGACGACAACACUGAGGCUGACGACAACACAGAGGAGUAUAACAACAACCUGUUUGAUAUUGUCUGUGAGUCUUCAGCCACGACAGACGAGGAUGGAGACGUAGACUACGAGCCUCAUCACAGACCCAGGAAGAGGGGUCCCCCGGGGGGCAUGCCCGGCCCCCAGAGACCAGGGUCUGAGGACAGGGGACAGGGGGACAAGUCAGUGAAGAAGAUCAAGCAGGAGACUGCUGAGGACUUUUACACAGUACCUAAAGCCCAGCUAGCAGCAGGGGUAGGUACUGACUCUGGCCUAGCCUCUCACUCAGUCUCCCAGUCCCCAAAACCUAAUAAUUCCCUGUCCCACCAUGCAUUGCCACACAAACCCUUGCAGCUGGACGCCGACUGUUUGGUUGGUGGUGUGUCGUCGUCUCUGCUGGGCCACUCCUUUCCUCACAAACCUCUCCGAGGCUCUAUCUCCAGCUCUGUCUCCAAACCUUCCAUGAUGAGCACUAGUUCUCCCAGACAUCAGGACCUGUCUUCGGUGUCGACCCAGGGCCUGAGCACCCUCCCUGGUGCAGGUAGUGAGCUGAUGGAGGACCUGCUGAACCAUGGAGGAUCUGAGGGGCCGUUGGGGAACCUGACUCCCUCCUCUCCCAGUGGGAUGAACCCUGACCUGGACCUCCUGGGAGCAGAGACCAAAGGAGAGGCAACAGUGGGACCAGCUCUGUGUGAAAUAGAGCGGCUGCGAGCAUUGCUGAGUGUUGAGCGGAGCCGCAGUGAGCAGAUGGGGGAGACCAUCUCCAGUCUGAAACAGGACAAGGAGCUGCUGCAGCAGGAACUCACUAAGAAGGCUGAACUCAUCUGUGACUUCCUGCAAGACCAACUACGACCAGGUACGCUCUUACUACGCCCAGAGAAGAGGCGUGGUCUUUCGUCCAGCCAGAUGGAGCUGGGGACGGGUAGCUCCUCCCACAUGGGGGUGGGUUUCCCUGAUGAGGGUGUGGCUUUUGAGAACCCCGCCCUAUUCGACAGCUUUGAGGAGGUGGAGCUCCACAGGGUGAUGAAGAGCUCCAAGAGGAGCAGAGAUGGAGAGAACACACGAGUUAGGAUGAAGAACGUGGUGGGCGUCAUCGCCAGGUACAUGGCGGCCCUGCAGGAGUUCAGACGCAGCGUCUCCAUGAAGGUGGCGUUCGACCGCGUGGGCGUCGACCGCAACACCAUCUCACGGACGGCCGCCAUCGCCGAGCUGAGCCUGGCCGCUCCGGAGGUGUUCCACGCUCUGCCACCUUGGGACGAGAAAGAGGAGACGCUGGCUCACUACGCCCACCGCUGCAGGCAGGCCAUGGACGACACCAUCCGAGCCAAGAUCAAAACCAUGAAAACCAAGGGAGACCUGCUGCCCAUAGUCAGCAAAUGACCCCAGAGAAGGAAGGUGUGUCCUCGGGAUGCCUGUAGGACAAACCAGACCAACACCAUCUGCGGUAGAUUACCUGCUCGGUGUUUUAACGUGUAGAUUGUUCAGGAACUGAACAGAAAAUGGGGGCUGGUGUUCUGUGGUCAAAGGCGAUGGGACGGCCUACGUUCUUCGUGUUGGUCUGUCUUGUCCUUUAUGAUAAAAGCCUGGUCCACAGAUCUGUUUGUGUUGUCGUGCCAAGUUGGAAAGACGACACAAACAGGUCUGGGACCAGGCUUGACCUCUGAUCCCCAGUGAUGCUCGACUGCCAUUUCAAAACAAGUGAAAUGUUGUUAUUGCUCCGUCCCAUUUGUCUGCCCACCCCCACUAUGACCUUAACCCAUCAAUGAUGACAGACACCAUGACUAUCAUUAAAAAACACAUUGUAGUGCACCAAUGUUUGAUUUACUGUAAUGUGUAACAUUUAUUUAGUCUUUUGAACGAUGUGCUAAUGCUUUUGAAGUGUUUUUAGUAGUGGAGAACAACAUUGGAAAAUAUUAUUCAAAUAAGGAUCUUAUUUUUGUCAAGAGUUUUUCCGGUACUUUUGGUGGUCUAUGUAGUGUUGUUUUUAAAGAGAUUCUCCAGUACCUUU